AUGAUUAGUCACAAAUUAUUAUCUCACACGUUGUUUUCAAAAUGUCUUAAAGGCACACAAAUUGUGCAGUAUAAAUAUAUUCAAGUGUCUGUAAUUGGUGCUGCGAGUGAGAUAGGAAAAAAUGUAGCGCUGCUGCUGAAACUAAACCAUCUUAUAAGAAGACUGCAAAUAUACGAUGAUGACAAUACAGUACAUGGCAUUUGUUUGGAAUUAGCACGAAUACCCGGUGGACCCACGGUUACUUCGUUUUCUGGAGAUAUUUUUUUACCAGCUGCUGUUCGGUACUCACGCCUUGUUUUAAUGGUAUCUAGAGUACCACGUAAACUUGGAUAUACACGUGAACAAAUGUUAGAGUAUAAUGCACUACCUGUUCAAAAAAUUUGCCGAACCUUACCUGAACAUAACCCUGACGCAUUUUUUGCAAUUUCGUCUAAUCCUAUUAAUUCUAUAAUUUCUUUUGCUAGUGCACUCUUAAAUAAUUAUAGAGCUUACAAUAAGUAUAAAUUAUUUGGUAUUACUACCAUAGAUACGGUUAGAACCAGAGCUUUACUGGGUAAUGCUUUAAGGGUAAAUCCUCGUCAUUUACAUGUUCCUGUCAUUGGUGGUCACUCCGAUAAUACAAUUGUGCCAUUGUUUUCCAAUAUAUUACCAAGUCAUUACUCCAUCACACAAAGCCAAGCUGAAACAUUAACGCGUCUAGUAAGAAAGUCUGGGAAUGACGUUUUAAAUCUUAAAGUAGGUGUUGAUGCAGCUACUCACGCUAUGGCAUGGUCAAUUAAUGAAUUCACUGAACAUUUGUUGGAGGCUCUAUGUGGAGGUUACACGAUAGUAAAUAGCUAUACAGUUAAUCCUCAUUUCGGCACUAAAUUUUUCUCAGGUCCUAACAAAGUAGGUCCGUCUGGUAUCAUUGAAACUUGCAGGAGUUUUGUUAUGAGUGAAUAUGAACGCAAUCUUUUGGAUCAAGCUGUUCCUUUAAUAAAUCGCGAAAUCGCCCAAGGCGAAGAUUAUAUUCAAGAGAUAGAAUCGCGUAAACAUUUUUAA